GAAAUAAGUGACGCACUCUGCUGGUUCCAAAGGCUGCCUGUGUAGCUAACAACACUGCUGUCCCACUGACAGGAGGGAGAGACGGCCCAGGAACCAAUUCUCUGUUCUUGGACUUGGUCUUCGGAUUUAUUUUUCACCAGAACUUUUGAUUUCUAGUCAUGGAUUUGCUUCUGGAUUCUGGCUAAUUAUGAUAUAUUUUCAAACAUAAUCUUCCAAACACACUUUUUUUUUAAAAGCAAAGGGAAUCAUUUACCAUGUCUGUGACUGCCCUAUUCAGGGGCAAGUGGGGGCACAAGUCACCGGAACCCCCAGAGAAGCAUCCAACAGCUGUGGUUAAACCCAGCCAGGGGGAGGACGAUGAUGAAGAUGUGACCAGAGAGCCUAUCCGCAGGAACUCCCGCUUCUAUCGGUCCAUGAGGAAGAAGAGGCCGAGCUCAUCUGACCAGCCUGAAAGUUCUACCAGUCCUGGAGUCUCCACCUCUUAUGCUCCCUUACCCAACAAAUCACCUUUGUUGCCUGUGGCUAGACGCCCUCAGCUUUCACCACAGCUCCAUCAUUCCAGAACUGUGUUGCCAAGCAAUGGUGCGGCCAGUAACAGACAUGCUCUGUACAACAGAGAUGCUGUGGAUAGAAGAAGAGGAGGAGUGGGAGGAGGGAGGAGUGUGGACAUAUCUGCUGCCUCCGACAGCCAGCAUCGAGAUUGUACAGCCGACAUGAUCCCUUACCGGACUCACAGCAUUCAUAGCGGAGACAUAAAAAAUUUGUCCGAGCAAACAACUGCAGCUUGCACUGUACAGGAAGUCGGAGGGAAAACCAUGAGCACUCAACGGCCCAGUUUUCAGGGAGCAGAUCGGAACGUCAACCUCAGGUUGCCGAGCAAUGGAGAUAGCUCCCAGACAAUCUGCCACAGUCUCAACAUCGUCAAAAAUAUUGCCUUCCUGUACCAGGAAUACCGGGACACCUCCAAGCAGCAGGAGAUUGAACAACGGCGGCAGCGUGAGAACCUUUCUCCUGGAGUCCCACCAGGGACUGUGGUAGAAGGGUCUGGUGUCAUGUCCCCUCCAGUGCUACAGCUGCAGCUGAGGAACAAUGCUCGGUCACUGAGCUUGUGGCAGAACCUGGAAGUUGUGCAGGCCAGCGGCCUGCUCACCCAGUUACCACAGAGUGAAGUCAUAAUGCAGGAGGCCAUGUUUGAGCUUGUUACAUCAGAAGCAUCGUACUACAAGAGUUUGGAGAUUUUAGAGACUCACUUCCUACGUAACCCUGAUUUAAUCAACACUCUUAGCCAAUCCGAUGUGCAUUUUCUGUUCUCCAACAUCGAGGAAGUGAUGAAGGCCAGUGAAAGGUUCUUAAUGGAUCUUGAGCACCGAAUUGAGAAGUCUAUUUUGAUUUCUGAUGUGUGUGACAUUGUUUACUACCAUGCUGUGGAACACUUCGAUGUCUUCAUCAAAUACGUCAUUAACCAGGUGUACCAGGAGAAGAACUACAGACGCAUUUUAGAGGGAAACCAGGCUUUUCGGGAGGCCAUGGCUUCACUGGAAAACCAUCCGCGGGUCAGGGGCCUGUCCUUUACCUCAUUCCUCAUCCUUCCUUUCCAGAGGAUCACAAGGCUCAAGUUGCUCGUACAAAACAUCCUGAAAAAAGCAGAGGAAAACUCAGAGAGGGAACCAAACGCUAUAAAAGCACAUCAGCAACUGGAGCAGAUCGUGAAAGAGUGUAACGAGGGGGUGAGAAAAAUGAGUCGCACUGAAGAGCUUAUCAGCAUUGAGAAAACACUGGAGUUUAAAUCCAAGUCUGUGCCCAUCAUUUCACACUCGCGCUGGUUGCUGAAGAAAGGUGAAGUGCAGCAAAUGGCUGGGCCUAAGAGCACUAGGACCAUGCGGAGUCGUAAGCUCUACCAACCAGUCUACUUGUUCCUUUUUAACAAUCUGCUGCUGAUCACCAAGCGCAGCUCAAGUGGGGACAAGUUCCAGGUUAUUGACUCAUGCACACGGGCCAUGUUGAGGACUGAAGAUCUUGAAGACCAGGGCCAACUUCUGGCGAAUGUCUUUAAUCUGAAACUGCUGGAGAACCAAGAGGAGCGUCCAGUCAGCUACAUGCUCAAGGCCUCCAGUAUGAGUGAUAAGCUGCGAUGGAUGUGUGCCCUCACUCCUAACCGGCGCACACGCUUUAUGUCAACUAGUGCUCACCAACAAGACUCUCCACAGGUGCAAUGUAUUCACUCAUACUCAUCUCAGGAGCCAGAUGAACUCUCCAUCGAGACGGCCGAUGUUUUAAACCUCCUAGAAAGAACAGACGAUGGCUGGAUGAUGGGGGAAAGGCUCCAUGAUGGCGAAAGGGGCUGGUUCCCUUUUCGAUUAGUAGAGGAGAUCCUGAGCAAGGUGGUCCGAGCUCAAAACCUGAGAGAGGCCUUCAGGAUCCAGCAAGCCCAGAAAGGUGGAGGAGUUCUGCUAACUGAAGCCAGGAUUGGUACAAGGGUGGGAAGACGCACUCCAAAUUUCUCCAACUUCUCCAAUCAAUGAAUUCAUCAAAUGUGGAGACCAAUGAAGUAAAACAGAGAAAGUAACAGUGAUGAAUGUCAACAUUCAGGGCCAUAUGCAUAAAAAAAAUGAUCAGGAUACAUGUGACUUAAAUCCCAUAAAAUGACAUCUUGUUCUUUUUAUUUUCACUUAGCAGUUGAUGGUUUUAAAAAUCCAAAUGAUCAAAACGCUUGAGGCAAUUAUCUUGUACAAGCGAUGCUGCAUUUCUCAUAUAAACGCAUGCUGAAGGUGUUUUGUAGGCCCACACACUGUGGUGUGUAAUGCAUGGAGCAAAGCUCUCUGUUUGGUUGGGAGCUGUAUUUGGGGAUGGCAAGAACUCCAAAAGUCUUGUAAAGGAAGUGUAAACAUCCUUCAGCUGCAUGGGCAUGUUUUAAAAGUUGUAUGUGUUCAUUUCAUUGUAAAAUUCCUUUCAACACUGAAUUAUACCCCACAGCCACAACACAAACGUUUAGGUGGACGGUGACCAUGAGAGUUUAAUAUAAAAUACAACACAAUGAAAUACAGAAACAUCGAAAACAAAACAAAAUACAUGCAGUGCAUUUAGUGUUUGAUGAAAUCCUAUUUUAUGAAAAUUAGCAAUGAUCACUAAAAAGUCUUUGUCUACAAAUAAGUGAGUUAUACUCCCCCCAAAAUCUUUUGAGUUUGAAACACUGAGUUGAUUGCUGGCUGUAAAAUGUGUUAUAAAGGAGAACAACGGCAGUAGUCAGCUUAGCUUCAUAGCGGUUACAAAAGUGACUGGACAUCCAUAAGAAAAUCUGUGGUGUCAGCUUCAAAUGUGUGCACAAUCAUGCAAACACAUAUGCCCCAAAUAGAUUGCACGCACACAGACACAUAAUAUAUCUCGUUAGGUUUGGUACAUGCACAUCCAUAUCAAAACUGGUAUAUGUCCCAAAAAAUACAUGCUUUGCUAGCAGAGACCCAAAUCGGACCCUAUAUAACAGCUUGGCAUGGUGGCUGAUCAGAACACACACCCCUACCAAAACACACCUAUAGUCUACUCACCUCAUUUUAUUUAAAUGGAAUCCGACGAGUCUUGUGUAGUGCAGAAUCCUGUCCUGGUAAUCAAACUCCCUGUCUCUGGGAUAGUUUUGAAUUAUCUAAGUUUUUAUUUCAUUUAGGUUUUGACUUUCAUUUUAGUUUAGUUUUAAUAGUGUGUUUGCUAGUUUUAGUUUAGUUUCACUUUCUCAAAAAGGUUGUAUUUUUUAAAUAUUUAGUUUUCGCUUUACAGUAGUUGUAGUUUGUUUUCGGGCCAGGUAUAAUGUUUUAGAAGGAUGUAGCUACCACAUAGCUAUCAUAUUGAAACUUCAUCCUGACCCCAAUUGAUUAACAUUGGACCUGAGCUGCCAUUUGAUUUACUAAAAUAUUUAAAUCAUGCUCUUGUUAUUUAAUUAGUCUGCAUGUGAAAUAUGUGGAAAACAUUUUUUUUCAUCUACUGGAAUGUCAAGUCUGUUCAAUUUCUGUAGUUUAUUGUCACGAGAGAAGACAAAAAUCACACCUCUCUCCUAGAGCUAAUAAUCUGAAGUGAAAUGAAUUCAUGUUCAUUUUAAUUUCAAUCAUUUUUAACCAGGCAAUAUUGUUUCAGGAAAGAUCUCUUUUUCUUAAGGGAUAUUGUAAGUUCACGUCAGUUUUUUUCAAAUGAUAAUUUUUGUUUUAGUUUUGAUUUUAUUUAACAUUGAGAACCCUGACACUCUCUCCUCUGCCACAGUGCAAGUAUUUUCGAAUUUGUUCUAACGUUAAAGGUGCUAAAUUCAAUAUUCAGAGCAUUAAUACAGCAGCAAACAACUAUUGUCUAUGCAAAGAUAUAGAGGAGUAAUGUCUACGUAGGCCAAGAAUUAAGUCACUCUCCCUCUGUGUGUGUUGUGAUCUGAGCUUUUCGGGCCUGACGGUUAGCGUGCCCACUAGGUCACAGCGGCCGUUCUGCACUGCUUUCAUACAACGAUUAUAGCGCCCACUCUCUAGUUCCCCCUUAGGUAAACACUGUUAGCUUUGUUUGCUGGUGUUUGCCCUGUUAGCUGCAAGCUUCCUGCUUAGCUGACGCCAUGUUGGGAGCUGUGGGAAGACAAUAGAUAUGCUCUGAAGAACCGUUAAAAAGGAUCUCUCUGCUCCUGCAACAUCAUCUACGUCAUCUUGUUAGAUCAUUACUGUCACAUGAUGAAAUAGACACUCGUGCGUGGACUAGAGUAUUAUUCCAUUAAUCCGUGCAAAUAAAACAAAAACAAUGUACACAGAUAAUUUAAUUGAAUAACUCAUAAUAUAUAGCUAUACAGUAUGUACAUAUAGCAUACAGACAUCAGAAAGUGUGAUUGCAGUUUUAUAGUGACAUGUACUUGAAAUAUAUAUUAUACUACCAAGUGCAGCUUCAGGUGAGAUUACAGUUUACAUUCCUGUGCAUUACACAUGGCUCCCAGCUGCAACAACGUAUCUAGCACACUAUCAUAAACAGUCCUCUUGAUUUUUGACCUGCCAUGAACCUAAGCUGACCACAGUCUUUGUCCUCUGUCAAAGAACAAACUACAAACUAAUAGUCACCUGCUGAGCCUACAGUAUUUUCUAGUGAAAAGAUACAUUUUGUACGGGUUACUUCUUUAAAACUGUCAAUACAACAGAAGUACACACACACACACACAAAUACACACACACAAACAAGGGAUAAAGACUAUAAAAGCAGUUUAAUGCCAAAUAACUGCAAUUUGUCGUAACUUUAUAGAAUGUAUCAACACUAUGGAUCAGCAUGAUUGUAAAGCCUUGUUUGUCUUUAAAUAUAGUAUAUGUACAGUGAUGCAAAUAUUUGAUGUUCAAGCUAAUAAUUACUAAAUAAUUUCAUUUUGUAAGAUAUAAAUUAUUGUUCAUAAAAAAGCAUUAAUCAGAGAUGUGCCUGUGUCGCUGAUGUAAAUUUACCGAUUGCAUUAUUAUUUUGUUAUUUCUUUGGAACAUACAAAUACAUAUGCACAGCUGAUCUUUUCCCUUUGUACUUUGGUUUAUGGUAACCACCUCCCAUUUUAAUAUUUACAUUCACAGUCUGUAGGACUAUACUAGAAUAGGAGGCAUUAGCGACAAUGUGGGGCCAAUAUGUCUCUAAUAUUUAUAUUUUAUUUUGGUGACUGAAUGUUGUUGCUCCAAUGAGUGUGUCACUUCGACAGUGGCUCCCAUAUAGUUUUAACACAGUAUGCAAAUACAGCGAAUUCUACAGACCUACUGUAUUUGACUGAUAGACUGUAGCAGAUCAUGGUUGGCUAAAAUGGAACAUUUAUGUAUGUCUUAACUAAUUUUCAAAGCAUUUCAUUAUUACUGAGGUUAAUGCAACAUGUGGACAUAGGUAUUUUUUGGGGUACAGACACAAUACAGGUUUUUGAAAAGCAUGUAGGAACCAAACACAAAGUGAGGUUAAAAUGUCCAUUGAAACAUACAAUAGCUGACUAGAGCAGAUCCUAAGGACACAAGAUGGGAUACCGUCUGGGCCAGCAGCUUUGCAUGCUUUGUCAUAUUUCAAAACCUUAGUCCCUGCCUGGAGUAGUGCACCUGGAGUAGUCGGAAUACUUUUCAAAAUGAUCCUGGUAUUGUAUUUUAGUUGACCUGAUGGCUUUCCUAAGCUUGUACCAGGUUUAAUUGUAGCGAUCCUUAUCCCCUGCUUUAAAAGUGGUGGUAAUUUCUUUCAAUUUGAGCUAAAUAUUGCUAUCACACAAAACAAAAACAAAGAAACAGAACCAAACAUUACUGCAUUCCUGUUGUGCAUUUUUUGAAUUUGCAUUAGGUGAAUUCUCUGGACAUCUAAUAUGAUCGAUAGUCAUGUGAUGCAGAAAAGAGGUAUUGCUGAAGUAUACUUCAAUGUGUCUGCCGGUGAUGGCAUACUUUAUCAUUAAUUUAGUGGGCAGUAUAUACUGAUUGAGUAUGUAGUAUGCACUACGUUAGUAUGCAUUUUCAAACAUACCCUGAGUCUCGUAAGCCCAUAUCCUGUGUAAUACUUCUGACAAACUGACUGUGGACCAUAGACACAGUCAGUUUGUACAAAUGUACAAAUCAUUUAAGCAAACAAUAUUGUUUAAGCAAACAAUAUUGUUUGCUUAAACAAAUCAUUUAAGCAAACAAUAUAAACAAUAUCUUAUAUAUAAAACAUAGCAAGCAAAAUAAAUAUUACACAUUAAUAACAAAAAAAAAACCUAAAAGUAAACAGAGUUAACCUAUUUGGUUUGGGCGACGUUUGGAAAAAGGUUAUAAAUCACUGAUCUGAAGUGGAAAUAGCCAACGUAACGUCACCCAUUGUUAUGUGGACUAUGGUUUUGAAACCUCGAGUUUGGCAUUUUGUCUAUUGUCAUCUUGUUCUUUUUUAAACCAAAAGUGACAUGAGGGUGGACCUAAGUACACCCGAAUGCUAUACAUAACAUUGUUAGGCGACCAAAACGUUAGAACUCACAGAUUGAACAAGAUUGUACAGUUCUUUUGCUGGUGCGCAAAAGAACUGUACUUUUGUGUAGUAACUCCAGAAUCAGUAGAGACUUGUCAAUCGCAAGGUAGUGAUUCAAAGCUACAAGUAAAAUGACUUGAUUGGGAACAACAACUGGUAAAGUAUGUGAUGGUGCAUCAAGGAGUAGAACUAUGUCACUGUAGGUAAAGCUGAACUUACUCUACUCGCAUUGCUACUCUGAUGCAUUCGGAUAUGAUGUACAAAUCAUUUAAGCAAAUAUUGCUUUUGGCAAUGAUUCAUUUUUUUCCAGAUUCUCGAUAAUAAAGUGUCUUCUUCCUCU